AUGCUGACAUCAUUUAUGCUUCCACCAAAUACAGUCAGAGUUCAGGAAGAUUCAACCCACUGAUAAUCCAUUGAGAGUUUCAGAGCCAGGGGUACCUCAAGAACUGAUGGCCAAACGUCCACUGCUGACACAACCCUGACAUAAUGGAAGUGCCCCCAAACCCACCAGCACCAAAUAAAAGCAGUGCCAAGAGCAACAACUCCGCAUUUUUCUACUUUGAGUCCUGUCAACCCCCUUUUCUAGCCAUACUCUUGCUACUCACAGCAUAUACUAUGGUCCUGAUCAUGGGCAUUUUUGGAAACCUCUCUCUUAUCAUCAUCAUCUUUAAGAAGCAGAGAGAAGCUCAAAAUGUUACCAACAUACUGAUCGCCAAUCUGUCCCUCUCCGACAUCUUGGUGUGUGUCAUGUGCAUCCCUUUUACAGUCAUCUACACUCUAAUGGACCACUGGGUAUUUGGGAACGCCAUGUGUAAACUCACUUCCUAUGUGCAAAGUGUCUCAGUCUCUGUGUCCAUAUUCUCCCUUGUACUGAUUGCUAUUGAACGAUAUCAGCUGAUUGUGAACCCCCGUGGCUGGAAGCCCAGGGUAUCUCAUGCCUACUUGGGCAUCGUCUUGAUUUGGCUCAUUUCCCUUUCAUUGUCUGUUCCCUUAUUCCUGUCCUACCACCUGACCAAUGAGCCCUUUCACAAUCUCUCUCUCCCGGAUGACAUCUACACCCACCGGGUGGCCUGUGUAGAGAUCUGGCCUUCCAAACUGAACCAACUCCUCUUUUCCACAUCAUUGUUUAUGCUCCAGUAUUUUGUCCCUCUGGGUUUCAUUCUUAUCUGCUACCUGAGGAUUGUUAUCUGCCUCCAAAAAAGAACUAGAAAGGUCGACAGGGGGAGGGAAAAUAAGAGCCGCCUCAAUGAGAACAAGAGGGUAAAUGUGAUGUUGAUUUCCAUUGUGGUGACUUUUGGCGCCUGCUGGCUGCCCUUAAACAUCUUCAAUGUCAUCUUUGACUGGUAUCACGAAAUGCUGAUGAGCUGCCACCAUGACCUGGUGUUUGUAAUUUGCCACUUGGUUGCUAUGGUUUCCACAUGCAUAAACCCUCUUUUUUAUGGCUUUCUCAACAAGAAUUUCCAGAAGGACCUAAUGACGCUUAUUCACCACUGUGGGUGUGUUGCACCUCAGGAAAGAUAUGAAAAUAUCGCCCUGUCCACGAUGCACACGGAUGAAUCCAAGGGAUCAUUAAGACUGGCUCACAUAACAACAGGGGUAUAGAAACUAGUAACCAAAACCAAAGCCCUUCUGAAAUGGAAGAAGGAGAAGGAACUGCAUGGAAUAGGGUGAGAUGCAGAGGAAGCCAGAGUUAAGCACAUAAUCUCUUUAUACCCAGAUUUGCUUUAAGUUAAGCAUGUCUAUCCCAUUCAUCCACAGAACACACAGAAAUCUAGGCCCACCCUUUCU